AGCAUACUGCCAGUGCGUCUGCGCCUCGACAAAAAGUAAACAAAAAAAAAAUAAAAAAGCCCGCCAUCACUGCGAUUGGAAAGUGCGGCGUUGAAAAAUCUUUUUUAUUUAAUAUUUAAAUGCUUUAAUGUUUUUAUAAAUGAUUAGGUGAAUUGUGAACAUUUAGUUUUGACUGUGUGUGAUCAUUAUUGGCGGGAAAAAUGACGCGACCGGCUUUCAUUUGUUUGAGUAUCCUGUCAUUCCUGGUAUCGAGGACAUUACCCCAACAGACCUCAUCAGUAGAUCCUCUAUCGACGGCCGCGCCUGCUGCGCCGGUGGAGCCCAGAGCUGAUGACACUCCCGCUGAUGUAGACUCAGAUGAACCACCAGAGGGGUACUACGCGUUUGUUGAAUCUCCCAAUGCAACCCCACCGAGGGUCCGUCCGCCACCGUACCGGCAGGUUUCGAGCGAGUGUCGCGAGGCGGCCGGCGUGCGCCCCCAGGUGAGCGCACAUAACUUGUGUGGAGACCUCAACCGAGGGAUCAUACCCAAGAACCCCAUGGGACAGAGCCCGAACGGAGAACCCUAUCCGUUCGAGUUGAUCCGCGACCGCGCACUGAUGUUCCUGGCGCGGACGGUGCCGGUGCUCCGCGCGGACGACACGCUGCCGCGCGUCACGCACCUCGCGGGGACCGACCACGCUCACCACGCUCACCACACUCACCACACUCACCACACUCAGUACACGCGCGACCAGCCCGACGUGCACAACCAACUAGAAGAACGUAGCAAAAGGUCUGCAGAUUCCGCGGGAGAAGUUCCGUCACACGAGCUUGCGGCGGAACAUCGGUCCGCGCCCCGGGAGAGCCGCAAGUUCUGCGACGGCGGCGGAGUGUUUUGUAUGCUGUAUCGAGCGUUCAACGGUGAAAAUGAAGCUCCUCCUGCAGGAGUGGAGAGACGUGAAGACCCUGGUACCGGAGCCCCACCACGCGGGCCGGGACCAGUGCCACAUCCCAGAUAUGAGGGUCCCCCUACACCUUGUCCGGCUCGAGUGGAGUACGCUACACCAGUAUUUGCUCGCAAUUAUCAGGGCGUAUGGAGAUACGUUGUGCAGAUACCUUACGAGGGUUAUUUCACGCAGACUGUUGAAGUCACAAGAUGUAUGCAGUCCCGCUGCCAUUACUUGGAGGGUGGAUGUUUGAGUUCCCCGCGCUGGGUAUCACUAUUAGUAGCUGAGUUACACUACCCACCGCCCGCACAACACUCGCAACACUUCCAGGAUUACCAGCGCGGUCAGGGAGCGCCGGAGACUGAACCUAGCACGGAGAAGCCACCGCACUGCGAUGGACACGAUGAGCUGGGAUGUUACCAGCUUCGUAUGUACUACGACUGGUUCUUAGUGCCUGGUUCCUGCAAGUGUUGGAGACCAGACUACUUCGCUAAAUACGUGAGACGCAGGCACACCAAUGAAUUGUAGAUAUAUAGAUAACAAUAACAAACUCGUCAAUGUAUAACAUAUAAGUUUCAAUGAAAAUUGUUCCAAGCAUUAUGAAGUUACGCGGGUCAGCUAGUAGUAACAACUGAUAGUAUAAAUCCGAAAGUUUGUAAGUGUGAAUAUUGCAUGGCUGUUUGUUAGUCUUUCAAGCAAAAACUACUGAAUGGAUUUUAAUAAAACUUUACAAUAAUAUAGGUAAGGUCCAAGAUGCUGACGUUUAUACAGAAGUAUAAUUUCAAGUAGUAUAAAUAGUUUUAAAAUAUAAACGUGUUGGCAAUUAGCUGUAAGUUUAUAUUGUUUUAAUUAAAUAAAAUAAAUAAAAAAUAAAAUAAAUCAGAAUAGCGCAUUAGGCUACAAAUUUCACGCGCGUAAAACCGUAGGCACAGAUAGUUUAUUUAUGUAGGUACCUACUUAUGAACAAGGUAGAUUUAUAAAUCACAAGUGUGCUCGCGUUUCACCCGCUAUAAAUUUCUAUAAACAUAACCUAUGUGUUAUUCUUUUGAUGUAUUCAAAAGACCUAAUAUCGGGCUUCUCGACCAAAUACUCCAAUAGAUUACUGCUAUUGAGUAAAAACAACAUAUGCAUGAUGACUAGGGCCCUCACAGGACACUGCAAAUUGAACAAGCAUAUGGCUAAGCUAGGCCUAUGCACGACAAGUAUCUGCAGAUUCUGCCAAACUGAAGAGGAAACGCCGCUUCACAUCCUAUGUGGUUGUAGCCCACUCAUGCAUAAACGAAAUAUCUCCUUUGGAAAGUUUACACUCUUUCCCGAGGAGAUAAAAACGAUCGCUCCUAAGAAUAUCCUUCAAUUCUUGUCCCUGACGGGUCUAGGUAGCGAACUCUGAAAAGGGCGAGCACAAUAGAUCUAUGUAGGUCGCAGUGCUACAGGUGCUACACAUCUGACAAUAGCCCAAACAACCGUAUAAAAAAAAAAAAAAUAAAAAAAAAAAAUGUGUUAUUCAGAUGCCUAAGCUAUACUAUAUAUUACUGUAAAGUUUCAUUAAAAUCCGUUUCAAUUUUUUGCGUGAAUGAGUAACAUACAUACAUACAAACUUUCGCGUUUAUAAUAUUACUAGCUACACA